UUGGAGGUCUCAUAUAUUCUCAUUCGUCCCGGGGUCUUUGCUUCGUUGUUACUUGUCACAAUCAUCCAAAUUUCUGAAGCCACACAGAGACACAGAGAGAGAGAGAGAGAGAGAGAGAGAGCGAGGGAGCAUGGAGAACCAUACGCAGAUGGAGAAGAACGAGGUGGGGCCCAUGGCUAUAGAGGCGGAGGAGGACGCCGGAGAGGUGGGGUCCAGCUUGACCCUGGAGAGGGUGGCUGCAGCCAAGCAGUUCAUAGAGAGCCACUACAAGGCUCAGAUGAAGCACAUCCAAGAUCGUAAACAAAGGCGCUCAGUGCUGGAAAAGAAGUUGGCAUCUGAACGUGUGCCAGAACAGGAACAGAUCCAUAUGUUGAAGGAUUUGGAGCGCACAGAGACUGAAUAUAUGCGCCUUAAAAGGCACAAGAUUUGUGUUGAUGAUUUUGACCUUCUGGCAAUAAUUGGGAGAGGGGCCUUUGGAGAGGUUAGACUCUGUCGGGAGAAGAAAUCUGGCAACAUUUAUGCCAUGAAAAAGUUGAAGAAGUCAGAAAUGCUCAGUAGGGGGCAGGUUGAACAUGUUAGAGCUGAAAGGAAUUUGCUUGCAGAGGUUGCUAGUCACUGCAUUGUGAAACUCUACUAUUCCUUUCAAGAUGCUGACUACUUGUAUCUAAUCAUGGAGUAUCUACCUGGUGGUGACAUGAUGACUUUGCUUAUUAGAGAAGAGACUUUGACUGAAACUGUUGCAAGAUUUUACAUUGCCCAAAGUGUUAUGGCUAUAGAAUCUAUUCAUAAACAUAACUACAUUCACAGAGACAUAAAACCAGACAAUCUUCUGUUAGACAAAAAUGGUCACAUGAAGCUCUCUGAUUUUGGUCUUUGCAAGCCUCUUGACUGCUCAAAUUUGUCAUCCAUAAAUGAAAAUGAAGUACUAGAUGAUGAGAACCUACAUGAGACAAUGGAUAUUGAUGAAUCCUUCCCAGAAUCCAAAAAUGGGAGGCGCUGGAAAAGCCCGCUUGAGCAACUUCAACAUUGGCAAAUAAACAGAAGAAAACUGGCAUUCUCAACAGUCGGAACUCCGGAUUACAUCGCUCCAGAAGUAUUGUUGAAGAAAGGAUAUGGCAUGGAGUGUGACUGGUGGUCACUUGGUGCAAUAAUGUAUGAGAUGCUUGUUGGUUAUCCCCCAUUUUACUCUGAUGAUCCAGUGACAACAUGCAGAAAGAUUGUACAUUGGAAAAAUCACUUAAAAUUUCCAGUGGAGGCAAGGUUGACACCUGAAGCAAAGGAUCUGAUCAGUAGGUUCCUUUGUGAUGUUGAAAAUAGGCUUGGUAGAGCAGACCAAAUUAAGGCUCAUCCUUGGUUCAAAGAUAUUGCUUGGGACAAACUUUAUGAGGUGGAGGCAGCAUUUAAACCAGAGGUCAAUGGGGAACUCGAUACUCAAAAUUUUAUGAAGUAUGAUGAGGUGGAUCCACCAGCAACAGGAAGAACAGGAUCUGGACCAAUGAGAAAGAUGUUGUUGACUCCUAAAGAUCUCAGUUUUGUUGGCUAUACAUACAAGAAUUUUGAGGCUGUCAAAGGGUUACAUCAAUCUUCUGAUCUAAACAGGAGUGCAUCACUGAACCGAUCAUCUAUUGACUCUUCUCAAAGUGAUUCGGCACUGGACUACUCCACUAGGUAUUCAUGCAGCGACAUGGAAGCUCAGGUGCUUGCUGCAUCAGAGGAUGUCAUGUCAGAGUGACUCAUAGCAUCCAGUGUAACAGGCGGACAAGGCCCUUGUAUGAACAUGUUGGGUAUGCCUGCUUGUUUUUGGGUCAGGUUUUGCCCCAGUCACCAUGAUCAACACAGUUGACUGCUACAUCUUGCAGAACUUCUUCUAAGUGUACAGAGUAAUAUUGAAGACACUUCAAGAUGACCCGUGGAUCGGUUCGUUUUGUAGGAGUAGUAGUAGAGAUCUUGAAAGCUUUUGUAUCCAAGUAGGUGUGAGAAUUUUGUCAUGGUCCUGGCUACCCAGGUUGGCAAGCACAAUAUGCCUUCGCUUGUGGCAGUUUCCGGUCUUUCAUCCUUUCUUGAUUGUCUAGGAAAUUAUGGUGCUGUUUGUAAACAAUGACCACCCUGAUAGUUGGAAUUGUAUGGAUGGCCCUGUGUGGCUUUGGUGAGUAAAACAGGAAAUUAAGUUUUGAUUCCUAAA